CUGUUCCCACGGACGAAAAAUCCACAGCGUUAUUUUCCACUUCCCAGGGCAUUGACAAUAAACUUACGAGCCCAUUAUCACUCGUCGGCCGAGCGCUCGAAACGUGGAAAUUUGCUGAACGCUUUUCCGGUGUGGAGGCAGUGGGGACGGUGGGGGCGGCGCUCAGCUGCUCUCCUAUCUGUCGAGUGACACAGUGUCAGUUUCGGGACGUCAUGAGCCAGUUGGUGACUUUUUUGUGGAUCUGCGGUCUGUACAUCGGGCUGAGCUAUGUGAUGGCAAAACUCGUGUCAGCUUAUGACCCAAGGCGGCCAUCCGUCGGCCAACUGGAUCCUUUGGAGGACGAUCCUUUGUCCCGAAAGGAAAGGCACGUCGAGACAAAAUGGUGCAGGGGCUUAAGCGACCCGGCGUCUGGUCCAGCGCCGGUGGUCGUCGGCCCGAAAGAAAACACCUGGCUGCAGCAGGCAUUGCAGCACGCCACCGGAGUGCGCUUUGCCGCGUCACAGCAGGCCACGCACCUCGAUCGCUACUCAAAAUCCGUGCUGCUGUUGCAGCCUCCGGAGCUCACGAAUUUGGCAGAUUGGAAUCGCCUUUUCAUGACCUGGACCCGCGAUUUCAAGGGACCGAUUUUGGCUGUGUUUGAGUCAAAAGUGGCUGCCGAACCGAAAGGCGAGCUGCUCAGGGUGCUGCGCUUUUUGGGACAAGAUACGACUGGCGUCAAAUGCGCUUUGAGAAGUUUGGCGGCGCCUGACGCUGCUGACGUGAACGCUAGUCUGCAGAGUAGCGAGGUCAAAGACGCCUGGCUCAAACUAUUGAACGCCCUCAACGAAACUAGUCCUCAGCUGCUGUGACCAAGGUGUUCGUUCGUUCCUCCAUUCUUUGUUUGCGUGUUCGAAAGUCUGAUUAAAUAAAUUAUUGACAGUGUUAACAAUGCCUUUUCAUGAUUUGCGGUGAUAAAUAGCAG